UCUUCCCUCUCUCUCUCUUUCUCUCUCUUUGAAACUUCCAUUCUCUCUCUCUCUCUCUCUCUCUCUCACUGUUACUUUCUACACAGCUAGGGUUUCGUUUCCUUUACUCCCAAAUCAAGAGGCAGAGAGCUUCACCGAGACAAGUGAAGAAAGCAAUCACGUCAUGGUGAAAUUUUUAUGGGGUUGGAUGAUUUAAUGCUGGUUAGAUUGGAUGAGUAUGUUUAUCAUCUUCAUGUGGCCAUGAUGACAGGGAUGAUAGCUAUGACCUUGGCUAAUUUCGUCUGAGUUUGAUGAUCUGAUUUUUGAAAGAAUCACCUUGUUGUAAUUCCUGUAAAGAAAUGCGAUUUUAAUAUGCAUUUUAUACAGAUGAGUUUAAGGUCUAAUUAUUAGUUUGGAUCUUGGACAAUGGCUAUUGCUGGUCUACACAAUGUUUCUGUGCUCGAGCCUUCUAUUCUUCGCGACUCUCAGUCUCACGCAUCUAGACGGAUAGGCAAUGAAGGGAGGGUAAACACCCGCCCGUCCUCGCUACUACAAAUGUGGCGAGAGCUUGAGGAUGAGCAUGUGGUGAGUCGUGCCCAAGAGAGAAUCAGUGAAAGGCUGCUUCAACAAAGAAGUGAUAGGUUGAUAGAUGACAUCUCAAGAGCAGAUGCUGCUGAAAGCCAUGGUAGUGAACACACAGGUGAUUUAGAGGAUGAGAGUGUGGCGGAGAGUGAGUGCAGAUUAUGGUCUCAAGGUCAAAUUGGGUCAUCCAAUGAACAUGAGAACUGUAGCAAUUUUAGCAGUGAGCAUUCUGAUUUUGGGGAGGUUGAAAGGGGGAGGGUGAGGCAAGUUUUCAAGGAAUGGAUGAAUUGUGGUGUGGCUGAGUGUGGUUCAAGUGUUUCUAAUAUGAGUAACAGUUCAAGGGCAGAAUGGCUUGGUGAAACUGAACAGGAGAGGGUCAGAAUUGUAAGGGAGUGGGUGCAAAUUAACAGCCAGCAGAGAGGUGCUUCUGGUGACAAUAGUGGAGAACAGCCUGCUGAAAUUGGUAAUCAAAUUGAACGAGUUCGUGAUGGAUUGGUUGUUAACCAAACUGAAGGCCGGUCUGAGAUCACGCGAAGGGGCAUUCGGAAGUUAUGCGGUAGACAGGCUGUGCUGGAUAUGUUAAAGAAGGCUGAGAGAGAAAGGCAAAGAGAACUUCAAGAAUUGUUGGAGCACCAGGCCGUAUCACAUUUUGGUCACCGCAAUCGCAUUCAGUCAUUGCUCAGAGGAAGAUUCCUACGAAAUGGUAGAGUGAUUGAGAAUGAGAGACCCACUUCCAUGGCUGAAAAUGAACUAGGCUUAUUGAGGCAAAGACACACAGUCUCUGGUCUAAGGGAAGGUUUUUGCUCCAGAUUGGAUAAUACUGCAUGUGGUCAAGUAAGCAGCAGCCAUUCUGAGACAUCUUCAAGUGUGUCUAGUGGUAGUAGAAAUGGACAUGCUGAAGAAGACAAUUUACAAGAGGUACAUGGUUUUUUCGAACAAUCUGAUGCUAAUGAAGAGGCAAGUGAUGACAGAGGACAUGAUAGAUGUGGAAUGUCAAAUGGUAGCGGUGAUUUAGGUGGCAACACCAUUCUGGAAAUAGAUUCACAAGAAUCUAAUGUUCCUGUGGAAGGUUGGCAGGGAGAAGUUCCAGAUAAUGUCGUAAGAGACGGGCAUUGCUCAACCAUUUUUGACAUUGUCGAAAGGAGUGAGGGUACUGGUAGUAAUAUGAUUGGGAACUUACGGGCAACCACUGCUGUUGAGCAGCCCCUAGAAACUUCGCAAAAUGAUGCUGGUGAACACAGUAACAUGAGAGAAGUCAUUGAUGUAUCUAAUGAAUCUGAGCCAAGUGGGGAGGAAAGUGUAAUCUGUGAACAAUCUGGUGAUACAUAUAAUUUACAAGGCAACAUGGUUGGGGAUGUAAAUUUUCAAUGGGGUGUAAAUUUUCAAGAAUUUACUUCUCAGGUACAACAAUGGCAGGAUCGAGUUUCAGAAAAUGAGGAAGGAGACUGGGAAGAGCCUGUUGCUGAGUAUGAAUGGUCCCAAGAGUUGUUGGAGGGCGAGGAUAGAGAAAACAGUCAUCUUGAAGAAGUUAGUGAAGUGUGGCACGAGGAAAGUGGUUUUCAAGAGGCUGUUCACAGUUGGUUAGAAGAGCCAUCUGACGAUGCUGAUCCAGUCAGACAGAUUGAUACCUUUUAUUUUCCUGAUGACGAUAAUGCUCAUAGUACAGAGAUAAGGGAACUCCUAAGCAGGAGAAGGGUUUCUAAUCUUCUUAGUAGUGGUUUCCGUCAGAAUCUAGAUCGACUUAUACAAUCAUAUGUGGAAAGACAAGGCCAUGCUACCAUUGACUGGGAGCUAGAUGAUACAUUACCUUCUCCUGAAUCUGCAGAACAGGAUCUAGAGCAGACUGGUAGAUAUCAAAAUGAGGGUCAAGGGGAUUCUGUUGAGAGUCCUAGUCCUAGUACUGCGCUGCCAUCACAGCAAAUACCUCCCUCACCACUUUGGGACCAGGAGUCACACCCUGAUAAUUGGCCACAGCAUGACAUGCAUCAACGCUUUGGAAUUGACUGGGAGAUAAUUAACGAUAUGAGGAUUGACAUGGGUAGGCUACAACAGAGGAUGAAUAACUUGCAAAGAAUGUUAGAAGCCUGCAUGGAUAUGCAACUCGAGUUGCAGCGCUCAAUAAGACAAGAAGUUUCUGAUGCCCUGAAUAGAUCAUCUGGUUCACAAGGGUUGUGUGAAGAUGGUCUGCUAGAAGAUGGCUCUAAAUGGGAUCAUGUAAGGAAAGGAAUUUGCUGUAUAUGUUGCGAUAGAAGUAUUGAUUCUUUACUGUACAGAUGCGGGCACAUGUGUGCAUGUUCAAAAUGUGCUACCAAAUUGGUUGAGAGUAGCGGAAAGUGUCCGAUGUGUAGAGCACCCGCAGUUGAGGUGAUCCGUGCUUAUUCUGUACAGUAACUUGAACACUAAGUUACUAAGUUAAAGUUGACAUUUAUAUAGGCAUCAUAGGGUUUUGCUCCAAUCUCUUUUUCUCUCUGUUUUUUGUUGCUGCUUAGGGCCAUGAUGUCUCACAUAUAUUGAGUGUACGAUUGACACAGAAAA